AUGCCAUCAUCAUCAUCAUCAUUACAACCAUCAUCUAAAUUAGCUCUUAAAGGAUCACUGAAAAUAGUUUGUGAUUAUUUUGAAUUUGCUUUAAAUUCAAUAUUAUAUCAACGAGGUAUUUAUCCUCAAGAAGAUUUUAUAACUAUAAAAAAAUAUGAUUUACCAAUGGUUAUAAAUGAUGAUUAUGAAGUACAAAAAUAUAUUAAUAAUAUUAUGAAACAAAUUAAAAAAUGGAUUUAUGGUUCAAAAUUGACAAAAUUUGUUGUUGUUAUUAUAUCUAAAUCAAAUUUAGAAACUGUUGAACGAUGGGAAUUCAAUAUUGAAACUAAAGAACCCCCAAUUGAAAAUGGUGAUGAUGAUGAUGAUAAUAAUAAUAAUAAUAAUAAUAAUGAAGGAAAAUCUCGUCAAGAAAUACAAAAAGAAAUAAGAGCAAUUAUACGUCAAAUUACUAGUCUGGUUUCAUAUUUACCAGUUUUAAAAGAUAGUGAUACUGAUACUGAUGGUGAAGGAUAUACAUUUAAUGUGUUAGUAUAUACCGAUCCUAAUACUUCAAUUCCAAUUGAAUGGUGUGAUACUCAAGGUGAUGGGAAAAUAUUACAUGGUAAUAAUAUUGAUAAUGUUAAAUUUACUUCAUUUAGUACUGAUAUUCAUCAAAUAGGUACAUCAGUUAGUUAUAAAUAUGAAUAA